AUUCUGCAGUAGGCCGUGCACCACCACCGUGAUGGCGUAACCUCCACUGCCAGUGUGGCUCCUCCACUAUCCAGUAUGACUUGCCCUCCACAUAUUUCUCUCCUCCACCAAAUCUCCAUACACACCUUUUGGAAACUCGGCAGCGGUCAUGCGAAGGAUAAAAAGCUGACCGUAACGGCUUGACGUGUCUUCCGUUCAGACUUCUAAACAUUCCUGCUUGCUUCUCCCACUUCAAAUCUGAAUCGACAGUAUGAGUCAAGACAAGACCUACAAUGAGGCUUCAUCGGCGGACUACAAGCCACAAGGAGCGGAUAGCCGGACCUCCUGGGUCGAGAUGUUCCCCGCGGCCCCCAAGCCGAAAACAGCUCUCGGGACAUAUCGACUUCUAUCCCCUUCGGCUUCGAUCCGCGUUUCACCGCUGGCUCUUGGCGCAAUGAGUCUUGGUGACCAGUGGACUGGCUAUAUGGGUGGAAAAGGUCUUGGACAGGCUGAGUCCGAGAAGCUCUUGGACGCUUUUUAUGAAGCUGGAGGAAACUUCAUUGAUACUGCCAACAACUACCAAGAUGAGCAGUCUGAGCAUAUCAUCGGAGAAUGGAUGGAGAAGAGAGGUAUCAGGGAUGAGAUAGUCCUCGCUACCAAGUACACUACAUACUACAUGGAUCGAGCUGCUGGUGUCCACCCAGGAAUCAACAUCAACUACCAAGGAAAUGGGGCGAAGAGCAUGAGACUCUCCGUCGAGAGGUCGUUGAAGAAACUGCGCACAACCUAUAUCGACUUGCUUUAUGUCCACUGGUGGGAUCACUCGACAAGCAUCCCAGAACUCAUGCAAGCCCUAAAUGACCUCGUGAGAAGCGGAAAGGUGUUGUAUCUGGGUGUCUCGGACACUCCAGCCUGGAUCGUCUCGCAGGCCAACGAAUACGCCAGGGCUCAUGGCAUGGCCCAAUUCGUCAUCUACCAAGGCCUGUGGAACCUCAGCGUUCGAGACAUGGAACGUGAUGUCAUCCCCAUGUGUCGGAACAAUAACAUGUCCAUUGCACCUUGGGGUGUGCUUGGUCAAGGCAAAUUCUAUCCUCCGGAGGAGCUCAAAAAGCGAGCCUCCGUCCGUGGCGGUACUCAGCCCACCGAGAAACAAGUCAAGGUCGUCGAAGCGCUUCAAGAAGUUGCUAAGGAGAUUGGGGGAGAUGUCCAGCUGGCUCAUGUCGCUUUGGCUUGGUGUCGUCAGAAUAUGACAGACUGCUGGCCGAUCAUUGGAGGCACGUCGGUCGAGCAGCUCCAAACCAACAUCAAGGCUCUCGAAGUGACUCUGACUCCGGAGCAAUUGAAGAAACUUGACGAAGCUUCACCAUUCGAUCACGGAUUCCCUACUGCCAUCUUUGGAAUGGAUCCCAGAGCUCUUCCAGACCACAUGCCCAACUCUGGGCUUGUUCAAACGGUCGGCUACAUCAAGUUCAACGGAUAUCCCCAGGCUUAGGUGGAAUCGGAGCGCGCCGUGUAAGACAGAGCUUGGCCUCGAAGGGAAAGAAGUACGGAGGCUUUAAGAGGCUAUAAACACUGUCAAAGAGAAAAUGCAUGAAAACCGCUGUGACCUCUUUCAGACAGUAGUAGACGCGUCGCUACACAGCAAGAGAAGGUCAC